CUUGUUUUCCUCGACUUUAUUCCAAACGAGGUAAAAUGAUUAAGCAAACCAUAGGACUGUGGCUGGAUGAACCGAGUUGAGACUCGGAUUGAAUCCCUGGAACUUGUUUAAUGGUGGCUGUAAAAGCCUCGUAUUACUUUCUAUCCUGAACUCAAUCUCUUCUUUCUGUUCGGCAGAGCACACAGAUCUUAUUCUCUCAACCUUUUACCGGAGGUGCUUUAUCUACAUCUGAAUUAUUUCUCUCGUUUUCAUAAGUAGGUCAGAUCGAGGGGGUAGAUUGCUGGAUGUUGUUUAUUGGUGGAAUCCUAUUUUGGGCUUGAACGGUUUAGGUUUAAGUAUAUUUACUUAAAGGUGGGAGAAUGAUUCUUGCAUUUUCGCAGUGAAACACCUGAGAAUAGUUUCAAUUCAGAAAUGCAUAACGAACAUGGGUAACGUUGUUAAGAAUAGCUGUUAUAUGCAAUAUAUUCAAUGACCAACUCAUACGCAAAACCAUUAAUGAAUUCUGGUUCAGUUCCCCUCCUGGAAAAUCUGGGUUGUCACUUGACCAAGAAAAAUUCCAAGUCAAAUGGAGGAAUCUCAGGGUCGAGGUCUACGUUGUGAUCUUCCAGAUUCUGCCUUUCCUCACAACACUGGAAGGCUUAAUUUACAUGGGUAUGGAAAUGGUAUUUCUGGCUUGCCAGGCCUGAAGAAGAGAGGUCAUGGACAUGGAAGCAGAUCUUGGAUAAAGAUUGAUCAGAAUGGCGACUCAAAGAUUUUGGAGCUUGAUAAGGCUACUAUAAUGAAACAUUGUUCGUUACCUGCUAGAGAUCUACGACUAUUGGACCCCCUUUUCAUUUACCCUUCCACAAUUUUAGGGAGGGAGAAAGCUAUUGUGGUCAGUCUUGAACAAAUUAGAUGCAUAAUCACAGCUGAUGAGGUCAUCCUGAUGAACUCUUUAGAUGGAUGUGUAGUCCAAUAUGAGUCAGAAUUCUGCAAGCGUCUCCAGACAAACAAAGAUCAAGCUGAGGACUUGCCAUUUGAAUUUAGAGCUCUGGAAUUGGCUUUGGAGUUAACUUGCAUGUCUCUUGAUGCUCAGGUAAAAGAACUGGAAAUAGAGAUUUAUCCAGUGUUGGAUGAACUAGCAUCAUCUAUCAAUACUCUUAAUUUGGAACGUGUACGAAGACUCAAAGGCCAACUCCUUACAUUGACUCAACGAGUUCAGAAGGUGCGUGAUGAGAUAGAACAUCUCAUGGAUGAUGAUGGCGACAUGGCUGAGAUGUAUCUGACCGAGAAGAGAGAGAGGGCAGAAGCUUAUGCACUUGGUGACUCAUAUUUUCAAAAUAAUAUCUCAGGUGAGACCAGGGCAGUUUCAAAAUCUGCGCCGGUUUCGCCUGUGAGGUCAUUCAGUGGGGUCCAGCAACUGCAGAGGACGUUUAGCAGUAUUGUCACUUCAAGCAAACAUGGAAGCUUAACAAGUUCUUCCACUAAUGAAGAAAAUGUUGACCAACUUGAAAUGUUGCUUGAAGCAUACUUUGUUGUUAUUGACAACACUCUUAGCAAGUUGUUCUCGCUCAAAGAAUAUAUUGAUGAUACUGAAGAUUUGAUCAACAUCAAAUUGGGAAAUGUGCAGAAUCAACUGAUUCAGUUUGAGUUGCUUUUAACUGCAGCAACCUUUGUGGCUACAAUAUUUGCUGUUGUGACAGGAAUAUUUGGGAUGAACUUCGCUGCCUCAAUCUUUGAUUGUCCAUCUACAUUUAACUGGGUUCUGAUUAUAACAGGUAUUGCAUGUGUGUUCUUGUAUUUCUCUUUCUUGAUUUAUUUUAGGCACAAGAAGGUUUUCCCAUUGUAGAAUGAAUUAGAUUUUGUGGAGUAUUUUCAAAACUGAAUUAUAUUCAUUUUUAGUUGCAUUAAUUUGAUUGGUUUAAAUUAAUUA